AUGACUGUUCAGAGCUCCGAAGAAACACCAGACAGCAACAAGGUGUUCAAUGACACCAUAUUUAUGGAAAAGAACAAGCAUAUCUCAAGCCAAUGGAUACGCAUUGGUGAACUUUACCCAAACGGUUUGAACCAACCUCUUCUUCCUCCUGAGUUCUCACGUGAGCAGUUUGGCCAGGGCAACCACUAUGAGUGCUUUAUGCUUACAGCCCUGUCAACUCUGGUCCGUUUCCCCGACGUGAUCCAGAACUGCUUCGUCUCCAAGAAUGUACGUCGAGACGGGCGCUACACUUUUCAGUUCUUUCGUGGUAAACAGUGGGUGAAAGUAGAAAUUGACGACUACAUUCCACUGGAUGAAGAUGAGGUGCUUUACAUCCGUUCCCCUACGCAACAUUGGUGGCCCUUACUUCUUGAGAAGGCAUACGCAAAGUUUUACACUGGUUAUGAAAGCCUUGAAGGUUGCACACUACAGGAGGCGUAUUAUGAUCUGACUGGUAAACCUGUAUUGAACAUUCCCAUGGAUCCAAAACUUGCUAAGGCCGCUGGAGCUGAAGUGACAGAGGGUCAUUACUGGCUUGAAUUAGCCCAGAAGAUUCAAUCUGGCCAGUUUGUUGCCUCUGUCCUGACAAGGGACAUGGAGAUAGAAAGUAUGGGAUUACAGCGCGAGCAACAGUACGGCAUUCUUGAGGUGUUUUCCCUUACUGGUACAUCAUCUGUGCAAGAUAUUGUUGUUCAUCUCCACAAUCCUUUUGAAGAUGAGGAGUUUAUUUACAGAGGACCAUUGAACAGCAAAGAUUCGCAGUGGACCCCGAAACUGCGAGCUAAGUACAAUGUGGAUGAUGAGCGUUCCAUAUUCCUUCCCUUGCAUCUGUUCCUAAAGUUCGUAAACUCUAUGCAGCUCUGCUAUAUUUCACCUCUUGAAGCAGAUGCGACUUACUUUGAUGAUGAAUGGAAAGGUGAAACUGCAGGUGGAAACCCUACCAGUGUCACUUGGCGUAAGAAUCCCUUGUAUUACGUCAGAAACACUGGUACAGAACCUAUUCAGUUUGUUGCUAUGAUUAAACAAGAGGACCAGCGUCAUGAAUGGACUCAGCAGGAUGAAGAUUUGAAAUACAAACAGUGCGGGCUGAUUGUAGUUCAGUAUUCUUACGCUAGACCCAUUUUAACCUAUUUUGUUACAGGAAACAAUCAUAAGACGAUUCACAAAAGUCUUUUCCUCAACUCUCGUGAAGUUGCUAACGCCGUUACAAUACCGCCAGGUUCUCUAUGUUACUUUGUUCCAUCCUGCAUGACGAAAGGGGCAGAGGCUAAGUUUACAGUAGCUAUUUACCGAAUGAAAAAUUAUGACUACAGUAAUUUUCAUUUUGAGAAGGUGUACAUACCUUUGAUGGAUUGGGAACAUGCGACCGUAAGACAUGUUGAACUUCAGGUACGUACGAAGGAUAGAGUGGAUUUUUAUGUUGAAGAAGCUACAGAUGUCCAUGUUCUGAUGCAUCAGUUAAAACCCUAUGUAAGUCCUAAAACGGGAGGAGAUGCCAUGGCACAGGAUUAUAUGGGUAUGUACCUGUAUGAUGAUACAGAUCGUAAGAUUGGUGGUGUACAUGCCGCAACUAACUUCCGUGAGACUGGUAUCUUGUAUCAUCUUCCCCGAAGUGGACGCUAUGCUAUAUCUGUUACAUGCCCUCGUGGUAAAGGCACUGUUCCCGCACAAAUUACCAUCGUUGCAAGUAAAACAUCUAAGGUUCGGGAAGUAGAACCACCAGAGGAUGCAGGUAUGUUUGAUGAUGAGGAUAUAAUUGAUGAAGGAGAUGAUGUCACAGCCAAAGUGAAUCCAAUUGACUAUACACCCAUUAAUAUCCCUCCUGCACAUAUAACGGAGGUGCCUGACAGCGCAAUUCCAUUUGAAGACAAACGAUUCAUGGUUGACAACAAAAUUAUUACAAAUGAUCCGUGGAUCCACAUUGGUGACUUGUACCCUGAGGGUAAGACACUACCACUUGUACCCGAGACUCUUAGCCGAGAACAGUUUGAGCAAGGUGAACAUUUUGAGUGCUGUUGUCUCACUGCCUUCGCAACUCUUGUGGAUCACCACCCCGAUGUGAUUCGCAAUGCGUUUGUGUCGAAGGCUGUUCGAAAGGACGGUCGUUACACCUUCCGCUUUCACCGUUAUGGACAAUGGGUAAAGGUGGAGAUCGAUGACCGAAUUCCCCUGAUAGAUGGACAGACGUUGUUCUGCCGGUCGCCUACUCGCCACUGGUGGCCUUUGCUGCUAGAAAAGGCAUACGCCAAGUUUUACACAUUGUACCAAAAUAUUGAGGGUUGCACACUGCAGGAGGUGUAUCAUGACUUCACCGGUCAACCAGUGGUGAGUAUUCCAACUGAUGUGAAGCUUGCGAAGUCUGCCAUGUACGACGUUGAUGAGCCAGACUUUUGGCUUGAAUUAAACAACGAUGUCAAAAAUUCUGCUUAUGGAGCAGUUACGCGUACAGGUCUUGGAGAUCAUAUUGGAUUGCAUGAAAAUCAAGGAUAUGCAUUUCUUGGUGUUGUAUCAACUGUAAAUAAACCCAAACCUUUAAUUUCAGAGUUACUAGUGAAGCUACAUAAUCCAUUUGUAGAGGCUGUGUAUACAGGACCUAUGAAUAACGAAGACAGUCGUUGGACUCCGGAAUUGCGCUCUGCACUUGUUCCAGAAGAGCGUGGUGUAAUCUACAUGCCUGUUGAAGCAUUCUGUGAUGCCUUUUCUAAUAUUGUAAAGGUAUUUAUUCGUGGUUUGGUACAGUCCAGUUGGCACUUCAACAGUGAGUGGGGUGAGGGUACUAAUGGCGGCAACCCUACCCUCGUGACAUGGCGUGAGAAUCCACUCUAUGUUGUGAGAAAUAACUCGGAUGAACCACUGCAAAUAAUGGCUCUGAUUUGUCAACCCGAUCAGCGACAUAUGCUCCAUCAUCUUCAUGAUCGAGAGCUAAACUAUAUUCAGUGUGGUUUGGUUCUUUCUCAGAACGUAGAUAACACCCAAAUACCAACGUAUUUGGUGACUGCAAACAACCACCGCAUGAUCGUUAAAGGGCUAUAUAUGGAUUCCCGUGAAGUAUCAAGUACUAUUGUACUUCCACCAAGGUUUUUUGGAUACCUUGUACCAAGUGCCAUGUUUCAUGAACAGAGUAAAUUUCUUUUAUCAUAUUGGUAUACAAAUCCGGAUGAUUCAAAGGUUCUGAGCAUUGAACGACUUAAAGUAAAUGUUGCAAGGCACUUGCCUGCAAUUGCACACGUUACUUUACAAAAUGGCGGAAAGGAACGUGUAGAUUUUAUUGUAGAUACUCCCACAGACGUUCAUAUUCUCCUACGACAAGAAAAACCGUAUCGCGCUCCCAACUGCUCAGAUGCGAUGACUGAAGAUUAUCUUGGCAUGUACUUGUAUGAUUCUGAUUAUAAUCGACUAAGUGGUGUUGCAUCUGCAACAAACUUCCGAGAAACUGGAAUCGUUCACCAUAUUACGAGGGCUGGCCAAUACGCUAUUUCCAUUACAUGUCCACACGCAACAGGUCCCGUACCUGCACGUGUAGAAAUAGUGGCAAUGGAAGAGGCACAUGUACGUAUAUCUGAACCACCAACUGAGGCUCCUGAGUUUAAAGACCUAGACUACGAGUAUACGUUGGACAAUUUUGCAGCAUAUAAACCUCAACUUUCAGGGGAUCUAUCACAAAGACCAUCUACCCGGGCUGCAGAACGUAUAUCACGGAUUGUAAGUGCUUCCACAGGAAUAAACGCAAAUGACCCGGAAUUUUCUUUCCUCGACCCGGAACCUGAGGGAAUUCCCAUCGCUGAUAUACCUCUUAUGAAGGAUGCUGCCUUUGCCGAAAUGGCGAAAGAACGUAUGAAACUCAAGCAGAAUGCUGCUCCCAAUGCAAGCAGAAUCAGUGAGCUUGAGGAGGAGAUGAAUAAACGCGCUCAUGAAAUAGCGAAGCGAAUGCAUGAAAAAGAACGUACGUACCUCGAUCCCGAACCAGAAGGAAUCCCACUUGAUCUCCUUCCACUAAAUGAAGACGAAGCGUUCAGCAAGAUGGAGGAUGAGCUACGUGCAUUAAACCGUAAACCCCGAAAAGAUAUACAUGCAAUUGCUUCGCUUGAGGACCAGCUGUACGAUCGGGCACACGAGCUUGCAAAGGAACUAAAGGAUACUGAACGUGAAAUGUUCCUUGAUCCACAACCUGGAGGUGUACCACUCAGCGAGCUUCCGCUCGAUACAGACGAACCCUUCCAUACAAUGGAGAUUGAGCGUCUGAGACUCCGCAAGGAUGAUCCGAUAGGAAAUGCAGAUCGUAUCAAGGAAUUGGAAGACCGGAUGAACGAGCGUGCAGAGGAGCUUGCAAAGAUGAGUCUGAAGAAUGAUCGGGCAUUCCUUGAUCCCGAGCCCCUGGGAUUCCCCCUGGAUGAACUUGGUUUAGACUAUAAUGAUGAUUUUGUGAAUAAGGAGGCUGAGCUGCGUGAAUUGAAGAAAGACCCAAGGCGAAAUGCUGCAGCAAUCAAGGCUCUAGAGGAAAAGCUUGCAAAGAUGGUGUACGAUAUUGCCCGUAAGAAGGCCGCGCUGGAUCGGAAAUUUCUUGACCCCGAGCCUGAAGGUCGCCUCGUGGGGAGUUUGCCACUGGAUGACGACAAAGCAUUCGUUGCGAUGGACACAAAGCGGCGCCAGAUGGCGCGUAAUGGCGGUGACCCCGAUAAGAUUAAGGCUCUGGAAGAGGAGAUGAAUGCGGCGGCCCACGAAAUGGCCCGUGCACUUAAUGCGAAGGAGCGGCCCGAAUAUUUAAGGCCCUUCCCCAAGGGUGUUCCGCUCGAAGACUUGCCACUUGACGCUGAUGAGAAGUUCCGUGAGCUUGAAGCGAAGCGGCAGCAGCUGAAGCGUGAUCCGAAGCGUCACGCUGCGGCCCUUUCAGAUGUUGAAGCAGCAUUGAAUGCACGUGCGGAAGAGCUGGCCCAGAAGCAUUUGGCGGAUGAUCGUGCGUACUUGGAUCCGGCUCCAGAGGGCGUUCCAUUACGUCUUCUACCUCUUGACACUGAUGGUCCCUUCAAGGCUCUAGAGGCAAAACGUGCGAAGUUAAAGAACCAAAAAACAAAGUCAAGUGCAAAGGCUGUCCGUGAUUUGGAAGAUGAUCUUAAUGACCGUGCUGCUGAGCUUGCGGUUGAAUUAAAGCAAGCUGAGCGAAAGAAAUUCCUCGAUCCUAAGCCUAAUGGUGUUCCCAUUGCUAACGUUCCGAUUGACAGCGAUAAGCUGUUCCGGGAUAUGGAAAUUCAGAGGCUUCUUCUCUGCGAAGAUCCUGUCAAGAAUGCAACUGCUAUUAAGAAUCUAGAGGAUGCAAUGAAUGAGAGGGCACGUGAACUCGCAGCAAAGAUAUUAGCAGAUGAACGUGCUUUUCUUGACCCUGCCCCGUUGGGCAUUCCACUUGCAGAGCUUCCUCUUGACUCAAACGAGGAGUUCAUGGCCAAAGAGGCUCAACUUCGUGAACUGAGGAAGGAUCGUGGCAGAAACGCGCGAGCUAUUGCCGCUCUUGAAGAUGAACUAAAUGGGCUUGCUAGGAGGAUUGCUGCAGAAGAAUUGGCCAAGUUCCGUUCAACGUAUCUUGACCCUGAACCAGAAGGACGUUUGAUUGAUGAGCUUCCACUUAAUGAUGAUAAGGAAUUUAUGAAGUUGGAACAAGAUCUCCGAAAUGCACUUAAAGAUCCAACACGAGAUCCUGAACAAAUAGAAUCGAUGAAAGCUGCUUUAAAUGCCAUGGCAUAUGCCAAAGCUAAGGCGCUUAACGUAGCGGAAAGGCCACAGUAUCUUAAUCCUCGUCCCUUAAACAUUGAUGUACAAUUGUUGCCGUUAGAUGACGACGAAACCUUUCAUUCACUUGAAGUACAACGUGCUCGUUUGAAGCAUCAUCCAAAGAAAAAUAAAUCAGAAAUUGAAAAAGUUGAAAAGUUACUGAAUGACCGUGCGUUGCAAUUGGCUAAGGAAGUACUAAAGAAAGACCGUGGAUAUCUACAUCCGUCACCAGAAGGAGUACCUCUAAGUCUUUUACCACUUGAUACGGAUCCUACCUUUCAAGAACUGGAAACAAAGCGUUUUGGCAUACUAGGUAAAGAUCCCGUUAAUGACAAAGCGCUGGCUCAAAUCGAGGAAAAACUAAAUGAACGAGCCAAAGAGUUGGCAAAUGAAUACAAGGCAAAAUCACGUGACCGUUAUGUAUCUGAUCAUGAUUUGUCCGUACCUAUUCAAGAUCUUUCGCUUGAUAUGGACCUUCCUUUUCAAGGUCUAGAAACAAAACUCUUUCAACUACUUGCCGAAGAUCCCGAGAAAAAUGCACAUCUUAUUAAUGCAGUAGAAGAAGCAUUACAAAAACGCGUUCAGGAACUAGACAACAUUAGAAAAGAGGAACAACGACAAUUUCUUGACCAAAAUCCCUACAACAUACCGUUGUCAGAACUCCCUAUUAACGAAGACCCUGAAUUUCUCCGCAAAGAGGAAGAACUCAGACGUCUUAGAAGAGAUCCACUUAAGACUGACGAAAUUGCUGCAGCCGAAAAAUCCCUCAAUGAAAUGGUACGCGGCAUGGCUGCCAAUAAAAUAAAACAGAAGUACAACUUCCUUGACCAGAACCCUGAGGGUGUGCCACUGCAUGAUUUGUGGCUGGAUGAGGAUCCGCAGUUUGUUGCGAUGGAGGAGGAGCGCAAGAAGUUGAUUGAAGAGGAUCCACGCAAGAAUGCCCAAAGGAUUGCUGAUUUGGAGGAGGAAAUGAACGACCGCGCCCACGAGUUGGCACGCGAGAAGAAACAGGCUGACCGUGCGUUCCUUGACCACAACCCUGAGGGUGUGCCACUGCGUGAGCUGCCGCUGGAUGAGGAUCCGCAGUUUGUUGCGAUCGAGCAGGAGCGCAAGAAGUUGAUGGACGAGGACCCACGCAAGAAUGCGCAGAAGAUUGCUGGUUUGGAGAAGGAUAUGAACGACCGCGCCCACGAGUUGGCACGCGAGAAGAAACAGGCUGACCGUGCGUUCCUUGACCAGAACCCUGAGGGUGUGCCGCUGAGUGAGCUGCCGCUGGAUGAGGAUCCGCAGUUUGCUGCCAUGGAGCAGGAUCGCAAGCAGCUGAUGGACGAGGACCCACGCAAGAAUGCGCAGAAGAUUGCUGGUUUGGAGAAGGAUAUGAACGACCGCGCCCACGAGUUGGCACGCGAGAAGAAGCAGGCUGACCGUGCGUUCCUUGACCAGAACCCUGAGGGUGUGCCGCUGAGUGAGCUGCCGCUGGAUGAGGAUCCGCAGUUUGCUGCCAUGGAGCAGGAUCGCAAGCAGCUGAUGGACGAGGACCCACGCAAGAAUGCGCAGAAGAUUGCUGGUUUGGAGAAGGAUAUGAACGACCGCGCCCACGAGUUGGCACGCGAGAAGAAACAGGCUGACCGUGCGUUCCUUGACCAGAACCCUGAAGGUGUGCCACUGCGUGAGCUGCCGCUGGAUGAUGAUUCAAAGUUUGCUGCGAUGGAGGAGGAGCGCAAGCAGCUGAUGGACGAGGACCCACGCAAGAAUGCGCAGAAGAUACGCGGUUUGGAGAAAGAAAUGAACGACCGCGCCCACGAGUUGGCACGCGAGAAG